GCCGCUAGAUUUAUUCCAAACUACAUAAGUAUCGGACACGGAAGCCCUCGGAAUCCUCAACUGACGCACUCCCGAUUGGUUAUUCUUUCGCUUUGGAUCAUCUAUCUGAACCUCAUGGAAAAUUUUGUUUUAUAUGACGAAAUAGGAAAAGUGAACGAUCAAAUUAUUUAUAAAGCUAGACGAAAGGGGACAAUCAAAUAUUUGUCGAUCAGUUGCGCAGAGCGAAAAUUGCGCAGUUUUGUGUCCAAUCAUGUUCGCUUUGUGCACGUACUGAAGCACCCCAAUGUAGUCCAGUUUUAUGAGUGGUACGAAACCAGCAAUCACUUAUGGCUUGUGAUGGAGCUAUGUAUUGGCGGUAGCCUUGAACAAGUCAUAAAAGAGGAAGGUUUCUUACCGGAAAAUGUGGUGCGCAAAUUUGGUGCCGAUGUUAUUCGUGGUUUGGAAUACAUUCAUUCUCGUGGCGUGCUAUUUGAUGAAAUGAAACCAUCUCGAUUCCUCUUGGAUGGGCAUGGGAAUGUGAAGUUAUUUGACUUCUCAUAUGCACAUGUUGAAAACGAGUCUCUGGAAGACGUUCUGCAUCGCUUCAGUGAAGAAGACGAAGUUGACCACGGUCAUACCCUUGAGUACCGCAAUACAUCAGUUUUCACGGCUCCGGAGACGUUGAAGUCUGGCUUGGUUUCCGUUCUCUCAGACUACUGGGGCCUCGGGUGCCUACUGUAUUAUAUGUGCUGUGGAUACUUACCGUUUGGUGGUAGCACUUCAAGUGAAUGGACAGAACGGGUUCUUACUCAAGAGUUGACUUUGCCCGAACCUCCUGGAAAAAGCGUUUCCUCUUCAUUCUUGUCCCUACUCAUCUCUCUGCUGCAUAAAUCCCCUGCUAAACGGAUCACUUCCACUCAGUUAAUUGGACAUGAAUUCUGGCAAGGCUGCCUACAUGACCUUCGGGCAUCCUCAUUAACUACCGAACCGGUCCCAACGGACGAAGCACCAUCUCUCUCAAACAAGCCUGUACUCCACACUGAACUGGUAUCUGCGAGCCCGGCGCAAAACUCAACGAAACUGUCAAUUGAACUGGGUUUGUCUACUAACGACGUCAACAAUGAACCAACGGAGAUCACUCACACAGUAGGACUCGGAGAUACUGCUUCUAUUCGCUUGAAUCCUGAGAUCAGUGGUAUUCCUUCAGAAACAGCCACUUUCACUUUGCACGCAACCUCCGGUACUGUCACUUCUCUAGUUGAGUCUGCUCUAGACUCGUACCGUACUCCUGCCGACGGAGAGUUCGAUGGCGAUUCCGGUCGAUGUUUGCCUCGGUUGGAACCGCAAACACGCAUGGCCCAAAGCGAAUACCAACAAAUGCGGACCAUCUCGGACGAUGGGCCUGUUGAUCCGUCUACCAAUGACACUGACUUCAAGUUCGCCCCUCAUCCCAUCUGCACAGACACACGCUCAAACUUGACUAUGGUUUUCCCUUGGGGCGACGAUGCUCCAACUUUACCAAAGGAGCCCAAACUGUUGCUCACCAUGUGGCAGUACCUGCGGGGCAAUCAAUCUGAUCUCUCAUCAAGCGAGCAACAGCUUUUCAUCCGGUCCAUAGAAUCUCCUCCGAGCUGGAGACCCAGACCACUAAACGAUUACUCUAGAUGGGUUCGAGCGAUACCCCCCUCCAAAGUGGAUGGCAUUUCUCAUCCUCUGACUAAUGCUACGUUACGUAUGGCCACUGCGGAUCAACUGGAAACCCACUUGGAACAGCUGGUCAACAUUUUCAUCUCAUCUUCCGAUGCGCAAGAAACCUCAUCCGCUAAAUCUUACAAACUCACUCCUUUUCGAUCACCUUCACGCUCAUCGCGCUCUAGUUUGCUGUCAUAUUUGAUAUGGUUUUUGGCGUCGUCAACUUCAAGCAUCGGCCGUGCAUCUGUGGUAGGCUUUCUACAUCAACCUUACCUCCGACUAAUUGGCAACACUUCCAUACCAAAACUUCUGGCUGAAAUCACGCGUCAGUUGAGGUCCUUCAGUUCGUUGGCAUCCGAUGUCACAGUUGGUUUGUGCCAGUUGUGCGGCUUGCUCAUGCAUCGCGUGGGAUCUGCUGUGGUCCAGCGGCUGAAUGACACUAGUUCACCUCACGAAGAGUCUUUAAGUCCAUUCGUCUCCCAAAUCUCAAGGUGUCUGGCUUCUUUGAUCGAUGUUUUGCGCGAACCAACUUCCCGCACAGGAGCGCGACUUCGUCACAGUGCUGUUAUUGCUCUCGGCGAGCUACUGGUUUGUUCGGUGUGUCUGUUGCGACUUGACACAUUGAAUGCUGAGUCUUCCGGAAUCAGAAACGGUGUCCAAACCGAACUGCAUUCAAGCCAAUGGCAAACCGCUGUGCAUCACUUGCUCCGGUGUCUCAUCGGUGCAUCCGACGCGCCUGUCGUAUCGACGACCGAUGCAUCAAGUGGACUGAGUGCUUUCGAUCGUGUUGCAGUUGAAAGUAUCAACAGGGGACAAAGCCGGAACGCGGAUGGAAGCUACGGUUCCCGUGAUGGUGCUACGGGCAAAGUGACGGACUUGCACGUUCGCUUGUGCGCUUCUAGAUCAAUGGACGCAUUCGUCACUGCCAUGUUAGGCUGCGGUUUGCACAACUUGUUCCUCACUCAAAUUCCCAUACCCCCAUGUGUUCACGCGGUCACCACACCCGAAGUGGUAUCCCAUCUGUGGUCUGAUGGUCUGCUAGAUGCAAGCUCUGGACACCCAGACGCACCGACUGCUAUCCGGAACCAGCUGCACUAUGAGAUUGGUCUCUCCUGCGCUAACGCGUUGGCAGGCAUUGUUUUUCUCAAUCCGGGAUUGUUUACAUCGGGUCUCAUCGAUCGUAUUGGCAUUGCGGCAUUCGUUGCACUACUGGAGCCGCCUCUUGGAGGAAUGGCAUGCCAACAAACAGCCACAGUGGCCCGAUUGUUAUCGAUAGCGGCAACAGGCCUCUUGGUCCCUUUGAGCAACCGUAUGCAACAUUCAAGGGGUGAUAUAUCUGGCCGAAGGACCAGUGAACCACACGGCUCUGUACCAUCAAAGCGUCAGAUGAGCUCCCCCGCAAACAACCCAGUUGGUGCCGGGACACCCGCUGCUUGUCGGCGUAUACUCUCUGAUCCACGGUUCUUCGUUACACUGUUUCGUCACUUAAAAAGCCCUCAUCCCAUGAUACGUGCCAAAGUUUAUUUAUUAUGUUCCGCAGUCUUGUCCAUUUGUCCGAAAGAGAGUGUCUCCGCGGCAUUCGACGCUCAACUCGCGGCGUUUUUAGAGCGUGAUUCAAAAUCCACAAAUGCUGUACAAAAUCGUUACCUCAAGGUACAGUCAACAAAAUCAAUCACCAUGUUCGCCACAGACUUGUCGGAUUCUUCAUGUGUGUUGUACCUGGCGGCUACCUCCCGCUAUUUGUCCGAUCUACUGGCCACUUAUGUAGUACCACUUAUCUGCCAACAAUUGUUGAUUGCCUUAGGUUGUAUUAGCCCCGCCAAUUCUCGUACCCAAACCAAGGUUAAUGCUCGCAGAACCUCUCGAACUAAUUGGCUGAUCGGCCACGGUCCUCGAUCUGGGUCGGUUAUGUCUGAUUUCAACACUUCUCUGUCGAGUUCUGCUGUUUGCGUCCCCAAUAUGGUCGCCGCUCGCGCUUGGCUUCCGGCUUUCAACUGCCUACCUGGGCUACUGAACACUUGUCCUGCAAUACGGUUGCGUUUACUAAUGCCGACGCGUGAUCCAUUGGACGAAAAAGAGAAACCACCUGAAUUCUGUCUUCUUUCUGUUUUGGGGAAACUGUUGGAUUUGUGGGCAUCCGUGGAUCCGAUAAGUUCGACAGUUACCGUGGCCGAUGUGCAUCAGUCAGGCAGCGUAAAAAGUAAUUUGCUUGGCAUUACACUCACCAUAACGGAGGAUCUUAGCCAGCACUCGGAUUUAGUGGAGACAAGACGUCGUGAUCUCGUGUGUCUCGUGUUACCUGGCCUAGCCCGCCUCGCCGUGGCUCCGAAAGCUCGCCCAGAGACUCGCGCCAUUUGUGUGAAAAUCGUGGCUAAAUUGGCAGAGACGCUGCUCGCCGAUUCCGUAUACGUAGCUUCCACACGCAGUCUCGUCGAUUUAAAACGGCCAGUUCAUAGUGCUCGGCCGUUGAGUAUGUAUGGGACCCGUCGUGCCUCCACAGGUCAACGGCCGUUGAGCGCUGACGUUGACUUGUUAUUGCAACAAUACGGCACCACAACAAAAUCUUCAGAUCGCAUUCAUAGUGUGUCGGAGCUCAGUCAGACACCAAGCGAAGAUCUGUUGGUCCAAUCGUGCUACAUUCCGAGCGAUUUCAAUGCAGGUACUCCUCCUCCAGGGAUCCCUGAUAUGUCUACUUCGAGACCUCGAAGGCCGGAUCGUAAACCGAUGGCCGCAACUUUGGGGUCCGCUGUGCAACCGCCCACGUCUGAUGUUUUGAUGUCGUUAUUCGAGGUGGUGAACAGGUUGAUGAUCCCUUAUGCCGAAUUACUGGUCCAGUGUCCCGAGGUAACCGCCCCAACUGCAUUUAUUCGCCUUUUAAACCUUCUAUUGAAUGCCGCCAUCACGCUGUUGCAUCAAGCAAGAGUACAUCAGCCAACUGCUAAGGGAGACUGCACGUCAGAUUUUUCCGAACCCUUCCUUUUAACCGCAGCUCGUAACCUUGUGCUCAGUCUCGAGAGCCACGGAUUGAAUGUCAUCCUUGUGCGCCUGUUGGCAUCUCAACUCCUCGUACCCGCAGGGCUGGGCCAUUUAGCAGGUACCGCCGUCACCACAAAACCACAUGGUUCCGUCACAUCCUCUCUUUGUCUCUCUCUUUUUCAACUCUUCCCAUUAUUGUUACGGUGGCCCAAGGAAGUGAGAUCAAGUCACCUGAUAGUGGAAUUGAGGCUUCUUGAACUCGUGUUCAUUGCGUGUCUGCAGCUGGGCGACCUUUUCUUUCCGCCCGCUCAAAAUGGUGCCAUUGAAACAGCCAAUCAUUGUGACAAGAAGAAGCAUCCACCGACGAACACUAGUGGUCCCCUGGCACGCUCGUCACAGUACCCAACUGUGAAUCGACCCAUGUGCGUUCCGAUGCUAGCUGGGCUCCACGCAAUGAACUCCUUGUUAACCCACGUCGCUAACGUGGUGCGAGUCGCCCUGGCAGACCGUGCGACCAAUGCUUCGGAUGGUGAAUCGGCUGCUACAGCGGCGGAAGAGUUGCUGCUUGCCUCAAGGCCGCCACCAACAUUAGCUGGACUGCUCGCCAGGCUAAUUGGGCUGUGGAAACCUGCAUUCAAAGCGCACGUUGAUCCGACUGAUUCUGCCCACACAGUCGUGCACAGCGAAAGUCCUGCUGAAGAUGAUAUUUGUUCGCAGCUUUGCGAUGCCGCGCUCACAGGCCUCAUGCACUUUGCUUCACUUUAUGCUGGUGAAUAUUCCCGCAGUGCUAUGACACCUUCAUCCGCAGCCUCUCUAUCUUUGGGGCUUCUUCGGCUGCACGAAAAGGCUCAAAAGUCACAAGGACAGAGUCGUUCCUGUGCUUCCUCAAACUGGUCCGCCGAACAUACUUCACCUCAUCAUUCGGAACCUUUACAAAUAGAUGGGAUGGAAACACAUGUGCAAGCACGUCGUCGCAUUCGGCUUCUGCUGCGUGUCAUUCGCCGACUUGUUUCCUCUGAUCAUGUUUGCCGUGCACGUCUUGCAGCUGAAGCAGCCGAAACAGGGGUGGCUAACUUGUAUAGGACGCUCCACUUUCUGUUGCAGAAGACGCAAUGCGGCGCUGAUGAGUUAACAGCAACGUUAAUUCGUGAAAUCUUUGACCAUAUUGCUUCUUUCCAAGACCGAUUUGAAGUGGACACUAAUGGUAUUGACGGUAGAGAGUCAAGUCCCCUCCAUCAUGCACAAGGAAUCAGCCCCUCCACACCUACAAUGGAACCAACAGCCGCCGCUUAACUUUGGUCAUGCGCGUCUUGGGUUCCUUGCAAACCAAUAGAGCCCCGCUAUGUUGCAGUUCGCCCAUUCCAUUUACGCGUAACGUCCCUUCUUCAUUCAUGCGAAUUGAUGGAAGGUUGCAAACCGUAUCAUUAUCACCAGCUCGCACUCUGUUGUACCUCCUUGGCCACAGGCUGUCUGAAGUACUCCAGGCUCUCCAGCUACCUUCUCGCCUGUGUUUGUUACCGGCUGUGAUUAUCGGUUAGGUUCGGUUCGGUUGAGUCGAUUCGUUGGUGGUUUUCCUUCUCAUUUGCUCAUGUAUUUGCCAGCUCAUGCUUGUGCACUUGGCUUUGGAAGCACCAGCACCCGGUUGCUGUGAUCAGCUUUUUUCUUAUUUUUUAUUUGCAUUUUUACUACCUGUUCUCAUUUUACCUUGUAAAUACGACGACUUACAUAGCUCC